AUGGAGACCCUUGGAGUUACAUUUUCUGUAAAUAUGACAUGGAAAGAUCACGUUGAAGCUUUAGCUAACUCCUUAUCAUCGGCGACGGGAACCUUGUCACGAUGUCAACACAUCUUUCCAUAUAAUGCAAAACUUCAAAUUUAUCAUGCCCUAUUCACUUCACACAUAAAUUACUACACGCUCGUAUGGAGCACGGCCGCAGCAGGAAACAUACACAGCAUCCUUGUUCUUCAAAAGAAAGUGAUUCGAUACAUUGCUAAUGUGCCACGCUUACAAUCAACCGCAGAAUUGUAUACACAUUAUGAUAUAAUAAGCGUAAAACAUAUUUAUGAAUUUCGUUUAUUGCAUUCUUUAUUCUGGUCAAAUGAAAGUUUCAGAUCAUUUUUAAAAAGGACAUCUGACCUAUCGAAACAAAUAAGUGACCCUCGCACCCGCAGCUGUGACCGGUGGUUAGUGCCGCGCCGGCGCACUGAAUACUUCUCGCAGUCGCUGACAUAUAACUUACCUUUUAUUCUAAACAAGUAUCUAGAACAAAAUACUAACUUUGAUGCAUUUACUAGUAAAAAAGUGCGAGAUUUUUUUGUAAAUAAUAAAUGA